CCCCCUCCUCCUCCCUCCUCCCCCCUCCCCCUUCAUUCCCUCCCCCCCCCCCCCACGAGGCCGCCGCCGCUCGCUGCGUCCCCGCGUCCGUCCGUCGGCUCCGUCCGUCGGCUCCGGCCGCCGGUCCCGCGGCUCUUCGGCCUCCGCCAGCGCAGCCCGGCCGCGUCCGGCUGUCCCCGCACCCCCCAUCGCACCCCGCGUCCGGCUGUCCCUGCGUCCCUCCAUAUCGUCCCCUGCAUCCUCCAGCGCAUCCCUCCAUCCCGUGUCCGUCUGUCCCCGCAUCCCUCCAUCCCGUGUCCGUCCGUCCCUGCAUCCCUCCAUAUCGCGUCUGUCCGUCCCUGCAUCCCCUCAUCACAUCCUGUGUCCGUCUGUCCCCGCAUCCCCCCAUAUCGUGUCUGUCCGUCCCCGCAUCCCCCCAUAUCGGGUCUGUCCGUCCCCGCAUCCCCCCAUAUCGGGUCCGUCCGUCCCGCACCCCCCCCUUCGCCUCCCUCUGUCCCACAUCCCUCCAUCCCUCUGUCCUUCAUCCCUGGGUCCCGCCUCUGUCUGUCUGUCCCGCAGCCGUGUCCGUCCGUCCUUCAUCCCCGCACCCCGUGUCCGCCUGUCUUGGCCCCCCCCCCCCCCCCGCUCCCCAUCGCAUCCCUCCAUCCCGGCUCCCUCCGUCCCGCAUCCAUCGAUCCCCCCCCCGCCGUGUCCGUCCGUCCUUCACCCCCCCCGUUCCCGUGUCCGUCCGUCCGUCCCUCGUGCCCUUCCCGCUCUCAUGGCGCCCGCGGCCUCGGGGACACGGCAGCCGGCGACGCCGUGAGCGGGCAGGAUGAGCUCGUGCAGCAGCCGGGCGCUGACGCUGCUGAGCAGCGUGUUCGGGGCCUGCGGGCUGCUGCUGGUGGGCAUCGCCGUCAGCACCGACCACUGGCUCUACAUGGAGGAGGGGGUGGUGCUGCCGCAGAACCAGAGCACCGAGGUGCGCAUGGCGCUGCACGCCGGCCUCUGGAGGGUCUGCUUCUUCGCCGGGCGGGAGAAGGGGCGCUGCGUCGCCUCCGAGUAUUUCCUGGAGCCCGAAAUCAACCUCGUGACGGAGAACACGGAAAACAUCCUGAAGACGGUGCGCACGGCCACGCCGUUCCCCAUGGUGAGCCUCUUCCUCGUCUUCACGGCCUUUGUCAUCAGCAACGUGGGGCACAUCCGGCCGCAGCGCACGCUGCUCGCCUUCGUCUCGGGCAUCUUCUUCAUCCUCUCGGGGCUGUCGCUGGUGGUGGGGCUGGUUCUCUACAUCUCCAGCAUCAACGACGAGGUGAUGAACCGCCCGAGCGGCUCGGAGCAGUACUUCCAGUACCGCUACGGCUGGUCCUUCGCCUUCGCCGCCUCCUCCUUCCUGCUCAAGGAGGGCGCCGGGGUGAUGUCGGUGUACCUGUUCACCAAGCGCUACGCGGAGGAGGAGCUGUUCCGGGCGCCCCCCGCGCUGCUGCGGCCGCGGCUCAGCGCCUGCUCGGGGCUGUCGGGGCAGUUCCUGCAGCCCCGCGCCUGGCCCCGCGCCCGCAGCCCCUCCGAGGCCUCCUCGGACGUGUCCAUCCAGAUGACCCAGAACUACCCCCCCGCCAUCAAGUACCCCCAGCACGGGCACCUCAACACCUCCCCCUGCUAGGGGGGGCGGGGGCACCGGCUGGGGGUGGGGGGUGCGGGAUCGGGGGUGCAGGGUGUGGGGUGUGGGGUGGGGGAUGUGGGGUGUGGGGUGUGAGUCCAUGGGAUGAGGAUGUGGGGACAUGGGGGUCAUGGGGACAAUGAGGACCAUGGGGACGAGGAAGACAUGGACACCAUGGAGAUGGAUGGGGGGACAUGGGGGCAAUGGGGGACAUGGGGGCAAUGGGGUGAUGGGGUGACGGGGGCAAUGGGGCAGUGGGGAGCAAUGGGGGCAAUGGGGCAAUGGGGGCAAUGGGGGCAAUGGGGGCAAUAGGGCAAUGGAGCAAUGGGGGCAAUGGGGGGCAAUGGGGCAAUGGGGCAAUGGGGGCAAUAGGGCAAUGGGGCAAUGGGGGCAAUGGGGGGCAAUGGGGCAAUGAGGCAAUGGGGGGCAAUGGGGCAAUGGGGCGAUGGGGCAAUGGGGGCAAAGGGGCAAUAGGGCAAUGGGGCAAUGGGGGCAAUGGGGCAAUGGGGCAAUGGGGCGAUGGGGGCAAAGGGGCAAUGAUGGGCGAGACACGACUUGGCGGCCAUCUUAUCCCAUCAACAAUGGCCAAUGGUGGCCGGGACACAGCUUGGCGGCCAUCUUGUCUGGCUGCCAUAGCCAAUGAGGUUGCAGCGGCCAUCUUCUCCUGCCAGAGAUGGCCAAUGAGGAACAAGCAAGGGCUUGAGCGGCCAUCUUGUCCUGCCACCACAGCCAGCAAGGGGCAGGAUAUGACCUGGCGGCCAUCUUGUCUCAGCACCCAUGGCCAAUGGCAGGCGGGACGUGGCUCGGCCGCCAUCUUUACUGUGUCCCCAUUGACCCCAAUGGGGGUGAUGGGGGGGUCCCAAAGCAAUGGGGGGGUCAUAGAGCAAUGGGGGGGCCCAAAGCAAUGGGGGGGGCCCAAAGCAAUGGGGGGGCCCCCACUACCUGUGGCAAUAAACAGCUUCAAUAUGUAGCUUCCCCCCCCCCAAACCCACAAUAGAGGGGGGGGGAAUGGGGGGGGGGAUGGGCUGAACACCCCCAAAAUGGGGGUCAAUGGGGGGGGUAUGGGGGGGCAUUGACCCCCCAUUAUAAGGGGGGGGUGUUGCCCCCCCCCGCUGUGUGAUAUGUAAAUAGGGAUCGAUGAGACCUCAAUAAAGGAUUUCAAACUACCCCCCC